AAAUUUCCUUAAUUUUUAAACAAUAUACAUAACCGCGUGACGAACGUGUUACACCUUCAUGGUGCCUUCAGCACUUGACAGGAGUCUGUUGGCAUGUUGCGGACGGGGCUCUGCCUGCUGCGGGCAGUGCGGCCGCGGCCAGCCAGAGCCGCACGCGCCGCCUCCUCCCAGGCACCACUGGCUGGUGUUACGGUGGUGGACAUGACGCGCGUGCUGGCCGGUCCCUUCUGCACCAUGCUGCUGGCCGACCUGGGCGCUGACGUCAUCAAGAUCGAGCGGCCCGAGCGCGGCGACGACACGCGCGCCUGGGGCCCGCCCUUCGUCGGCGACCAGAGUUGCUACUUCGUCUCCAUCAACCGGAGCAAGCGCAGCGUCGCCGUCAACAUCGCCACGCCCGAGGGCCAGAACAUUGUGCGCCAGCUGGCCAAAAAGGCGGACGUGCUGGUCGAGAAUUUCUUGCCCGGCAAGAUGGCCGCGCUGGGACUCGACUACGCGCGGCUGCACGCGCUCAACGACACCCUCAUCUACUGCUCCAUCUCCGGCUACGGCCAGACGGGUCCGUACGCGGCGCGACCCGGCUAUGACGUGAUCGCCGCCUCGCUGGGCGGCCUGCUGCACAUCACUGGCGACGAGGACGGCCCGCCGGCCAAGGUGGGCGUGGCCAUGACUGACCUGGCCACGGGCCUGUACGCCCACGGCGCCAUCAUGGCCGCCCUGCUGCAGCGGUACCGCGACGGCGAGGGCCAGCACGUGCUCUGCGACCUGCUGUCGUCGCAGGUGGCGUGCCUCGCCAACCUGGCCUCCAACUACCUGAACGGCGGCCAGGAGGCGCGCCGGCUCGGCACGGCGCACGAGAGCAUCGUGCCGUACCAGAUGUUCCGCACGCGCGACUCGCACCUGACGCUCGGCGCCGGCAACAGCGCCCAGUUUACCGACCUCUGCGUCAAGCUGGGCCUGCCGCGGCUGCUCGAGGACGAGCGGUUCGCCUCGAACGAGCUGCGCGUGCGACACCGGCAUGAGCUGGUGCCGGUGCUGGAGGCGCGGCUGGCCGAGUGCACCACCGCUGAAUGGCUGCGCGUGCUGGAUGGCAGCGCCUUCCCCUACGGCCCCGUCAACAACAUGGAGCAGGUGUUCAGCGACCCGCAGGUGCUGCACAACGGCCUGGUGGAGGAGGUGGACCACCCGACGGCCGGCCGUCUGCGCGUAGUGGCGCCGCCCGUGAGCUACAGCAAGGCUGAGAACCGCGUGCGCGCGCCACCACCGCUGCUCGGCCAGCACACGGACGAGGUGCUGCGCCAGUUCAUGGCGCUCGACGACCACCGGCUGGCCGAACUGCGCCAGCGCGGCGUCAUCCAGUGACACCCGUCGCGGUCGGCGGGGGCUGCGGACGGCAGACGGGGCAUGGCGAGUUUGGCGAUCACUGAUGGCGGCGGGUCGGGCUCGGCGAGGACUUUCAGUAACCGCUGUCCUCGCGUGCUGACGCCUCAGAGUGGACAUCCAGUGGCUUCUAACGGUAGCCAUUGGAUGCUGCUGCGGGUGGUGACUGUUGGCGGUAGAUGCCAGAUAGUGGCUGCUGCAUUCGUCAGUAUAUCCUGACAGUGGGUAGUGCCUACUGACAGUAAACAGUGACUCUUGACAAUGAGAAAUGACUGGUGAAGGUGGGCAUCGACUGGGCGUGAGUGGGAAACGGAGCGAUGCUGCCUGGUGGGACGGUGGCUCCAUCUUUUCGAGCAAGACAGCCGCCACCCCAGAGACUGCGAGUACAGCGGGGUACCCUCUUGCUCACCUUGUUGGUCGGACCAGGAUUGUAAGAUGCAAAACAUUGACUGAUGUCGCGUUAGAGGGGACGAGUGAUUAACCCUCGCCUCGAUUCGCCGAUUUUCAUAACGCGAACUGAUGGGGUGAGGAGGGAAGUCGAUGCGACCCCCUGUCAUUUCCAAACUAAUGAAGAUCUCACGACUGGUACUCAUUUUUGUGUAAGUCAAUAAUUGACACCAUUAUGUCAAGUCAAGAGCAGCUAUUCGUUGAAAGCGCGUUUUUAAGAUUUGCAUAAUUAAUACGAGACUAUGCCUCGUGACAAUACAUAGCAUAAACAGA